AAAUUAAUACAAAGCAAAUGGAUUGAAAGUUUGGUCCACAUAUAAAUUCACAACCUAAAAUAAUUCAUGGCCACUACAAUCGAAUAUUCAUUCCUAGCCAUGCAAAUUCCUACCAAAGGGGCCCAUAUCUACUCCCAGUUGUGAGUUGUCUUUCAUUUCUAUCUUGCAUUUGAUCCUCCUUCUUAUCUUCUUCAUCUCUCACCCAAUCCCAUCUCUCUCCAAAAUUUUAGGGUUUCCUCCAAAAUCUAGUCUGCUUUACUAUCUCUCACCCAAUCCCAUCUCUCUCCAAAAUUUUAGGGUUUCCUCCAAAAUCUAGUCUGCUUUACUAACACUAGAACCAAAAUUCUAGUUGUUUUCUUGCGUUAGAUCAUCAAAUUUCAUGCAGAUCUGCGCUAGAUCUUGAAAUUGUUUUUAUCGUGUUGCAGAAGAUGAAGAUUCAGUGUGACGUAUGUGAGAAAGCUCCGGCGACUUUGAUCUGUUGUGCCGAUGAAGCGGCGUUGUGUGCAACAUGCGAUACUGAAGUUCACGCAGCUAAUAAGCUUGCAAGCAAACACCAGAGGCUCCUCCUCCAAACGCUUUCAAAUAAGCUUCCUCGCUGUGAUAUUUGCCAAGAGAAAACGGCAUUUAUUUUCUGUGUAGAGGAUAGAGCUCUGUUCUGUCGCGACUGUGAUGAACCGAUUCAUUCAGCCGGUAGCCUUGCUGCCAACCACCAGCGUUUCUUAGCUACCGGAAUCCGUGUAGCUCUUAGUUCUAGCUCCUCCCAUGAGCCGGAGAAGAGCCACCACGAACCACCACCACCGUCCAAUAAGAACAUCGUCGUUCCACAGGUCGUUCCUAUGAAAGCACAGACACAUCCAGUCUCUGGAUACAGUUCCCCGUCGUGGGCCGUCGAUGACCUGCUACAGUUUUCCGAUUUUGAAACCUCCGACAAGAAAGAACCAAUGGAAUUCGGAUCGCUCGAGUGGUUGAGUGACUAUGGCGUAUUUGGUGACGAAGCUGCCGAAGUUCCUCAGCUUCCGGCAUCACAGCCGAUCAACGCCACCUCAUACAGACAAACCAAGUUCUACGUGCCAAAUAACAAGAAACCAAGAUACGAGAUUUUGAACGAGGAAGAUGACGAUGAGCACUUCACUGUUCCUGAUCUUGGUUAGACUCGAAAGUAAGCUGAGCUUAUCAUACGAUAUCAAUACCAAUCUCGAUAUUCUGCAAGGAAAAAGUAUUCAUUUGGUCGUCGUAUUGUUAAACAAAUGCGUUUUGAUCAUUGCACUCGUGAAAUUAUCUAUCAAGUCAUGAAGUUUUAUAGAUGAAUGACUAAAAUGUAAUUGUUUACAAAUAAUAUGAGGACCAAAUGAAUAAUUGUUUUCCAUAUUAUGUAUAACUGAGAAUGAGAUUCUAUAAUCUUUAUAUUAUAACUUUAUAGUGUUGCUACUGGAAAAAUAGAAUCGUAUGUCAUAUUUGUAUGUUAUGUAUUAUAUAUUUUGGAGAAAAAAGUGAGAAAUUUCAGAGGAAAAAAUGGAAGUGUUUGUUGAUGUUUUGUUCAUUGAUUAAAGUCAUGAUUUAAUAGGCUACACAGCCUUCACAUGUGGAACUUAUGAUGAUAUUAAAUGCAUCUUGAUACGUAUAGGUGAAGCAAGACAAAAGUUUUCACAUUAUAGUUUUGUUCAUCUACUUUUAAAGAAUAAACAAACAUAUGAAUAUAUAAAUUAUUGGGUAAAGACAGCAGGAAUUUAUCGACAUAUAUGCUUUCAACAGUCAUGCAUUGUGCUUUAACAUGUACAUUGUGAACACUAUGGGAGGUGAGACAUGCUCUAAACUUGUUAAAUCUGACGGGUUCGAUCUUAGUUGUCUGCUAAUUGUUUGCAACUCUCGGAAAACAUGGUUU